AGACGCUCGGGGAACAUGGCGGCGGCGGAGCCGGCGGUCGCGGCGCUCCCCGGCGGCGGCGGCGCGGGCGCGGGGGCGCCGUCGGGCACGGUCCCCGUGCUUUUCUGCUUCUCGGUCUUUGCGCGGCCGGCGGCCGUGCCGCACGGCGCGGGCUACGAGCUCCUCAUCCAGAAGUUCCUCAGCCUGUACGGCGACCAGAUCGACAUGCACCGCAAAUUCGUGGUGCAGCUCUUCGCGGAGGAGUGGGGCCAGUACGUGGACCUGCCCAAGGGCUUCGCGGUCAGCGAGCGCUGCAAGGUGCGCCUCGUGCCGCUGCAGAUCCAGCUUGUCACCAGGGAAGGCAGAACCCAAGUAGAAGAGAGGAAGAAACGGACGUGGUUAAGAAUGACACCAGUGAGAGUAUUUUACCUCACUACCCUGGGAAAUCUUACACCUUCAAGCACUGUGUUUUUCUGCUGUGAUAUGCAAGAAAGGUUCAGACCAGCCAUCAAGUAUUUUGGAGAUAUUAUUAGUGUGGGACAGAGAUUGUUACAAGGGGCCCGGAUUUUAGGAAUUCCAGUUAUUGUAACAGAACAGUACCCUAAAGGUCUUGGAAGCACUGUUCAAGAAAUUGAUUUAACAGGUGUAAAGCUGGUACUUCCAAAGACCAAAUUUUCAAUGGUAUUACCAGAAGUGGAAGCAGCAUUAGCAGAGAUUCCUGGAGUCAGGAGUGUUGUGUUGUUUGGAGUAGAAACUCACGUGUGCAUCCAGCAGACCGCUCUGGAGCUCGUUGGCCGAGGUAUCGAGGUUCAUAUAGUUGCUGAUGCCACAUCAUCGAGAAGCAUGAUGGACAGGAUGUUUGCACUUGAGCGUCUUGCUCGAACUGGGAUCAUUGUGACUACAAGUGAGGCUGUUCUGCUACAGCUGGUGGCUGAUAAAGACCAUCCAAAAUUCAAGGAAAUUCAGAAUCUAAUUAAGGCGAGUGCCCCAGAGUCGGGUCUGCUUUCCAAAGUAUAAGACGUGUGGAGACUGGUGUGCUACUCACUGUCACAUGACAGGACUGUAAGCCCAGACAAGCUCUUGUCUCUCGUAGAAUUAAAAUGUUAAGUCACAAAUUGGCUCCUUUUUUGCGCCUCUUAGUAAAACUUAACCAGUUAGACUGUUUGGGUACCAGCAUUUAGUUACACAUGUCAAAGGCUUCAGGUGCUGCUUAACUUCUUUUUAUGUUAAUGUGCUUUUAUUUAUUAAAAAAAAAUUAUAAUGGAGGUGCCUGUUUUGUCUAUACCGUAUACACUGAUCAUACUUUCAAAAGUGCACACUCUUGUGAAGUUUUCCUUACUGUCACAAGGACUGAGAUCUCCCAGUAACGGUUUGACUUUUGUAUCAUUGUAAGAUGUAUGUUAUGAUGUUAAUGUGGAUUCAGUGCUUUUACUUUACAGGUUGAUUGAAGUAGGAUUAUUAUAUGAGAAUUUGAAAACAGGACUCUGGAUCUUGUUAACCCUUUCACUCACAAUGCAGCCAAGUUAUUUAUUAAGUUGCAUUGGUUUAACCAGACGAAGUCAUGUUGGAUAAUUAUAGAUCUUUCUUAAUUAUGUUGAUUUUCUUGUUCUGUUCACCAUCACUAAUUCUCUGUUAAUGUUCUCUUUUUUAAAUUGAAUCUUUUACCUAGAAGGACUCAUUGGGUUAUUACUUGUAUUUUUGAUUUUGUAAACAGAUGGAAUGAUAGUAAUGUCAUAUCAUUCAUAGAGGGCUCUUUUAAGAUCUUUGAAGUAUUACUUUAGCUGAAUAGCUUUAUAACCAUCUUGAAUACAUCUUCUAAUAUGCACAAGAUUUAGCAAAAAGAUAAAGACUGGAUAAAAUGUAGUUUUAAAACAUCCAUCUUCUUGUUUGAUAUUUUCUCCACAUAACAUCCAGUUACUGUUAAUGCAAACAGUCUCAGUAAUAAUUUGGUAGUAUUAAUUUUGUAGUGAUUACUGCCAUUCAAUAAAUUUAUUUUCAUUUAAUACUUAUUAUAGGGUUUUAAAACUUUUUUUUAAUGUUAUGUGAAACAUGAAACAUUUCUGUCUUUUAUAUUAAAGUAAUUAAAGAAAAUGUAUUAUGUGAAUGAAAUCAUUUUGUCCCCCACAACAUGGCUCUUUGAUUAUUAUUCCAGGGAUUUGAAUAUUUAUUUAAAGGUAUAAAAUUUUUACAUUUGUAAUCUUUCAACUCAUGGAUAUUUUCUGAAAAGGAAAAUUCUUUGUCCAUGGGAGUAACUGGAUAUUAUUGAAGGGCCUUCUUAGUUAUUUAAAAGCAGUAGAAUUUUCUUUUUGUUUGUUUUAAUCAAUGUAACAAAAGCAAUCUAGCAUUCUUCUUAUGGUUAAACUUAAUUGUUUUUCUCAGCAAACUUGUGUGUCAAAAAGGAAGACUCAAAGAUUUCUACAUGUUUUAAAAUAGUUUUUAGUAAAUUUAACCUAGUGCUCCUCAUGAAUACAAGUCACCUGGGGAUCUUGUUAAAAUACUGACUCUGGUUCAACAGGUCUUACUUCUGUGCCUGACAUUUUACAUUUCCAAGAAAGAGCCGAUUCCCAUCAGCACUGCUCAAAAGGGACCAUAGUUUAUAAGUAGCAAGGAUUUAACUGACAUCACCUGUUUUCCUCCAUGGAGCCCUGGCUCUUCGUUUCUCUUAGAACACCACCCCAGUGAAGCCUUUUCACAGCUGAAAACAAUUCUGUGACCUUGCGUCAGUCUCCUAUGGCUGUUUUAAAUUACCACAAACUAAGGUUUAAAAUAACACAAAUAAUAAUAAAGUGGCAUCUUCCAGGCCAGUAGGUGAGAAGUCUGAAAUGGGUUUCACUGGGCUAAAACCCAUCUUUCCCACUAGAUUCUAAGCUCCUGAAAGCAGGACCUAGGCAUUUAUUCUAUACUCAUUCUGAAAGCUUAUUUUGAGUACAUCUAAAUAUUGUUCUAUGUGCUAAAGAUACAAAGAUGCCCAUAGAAGCUUAGAGUCUGGUACAAAAUCAGAUAUAUUAUAACUUCUCAGUAAAUGUGAAUUGAAUUAUGUCAGAGCUUCAGGAAUGUGAAUACAGCAUUAAAGUAAUAUUUAGAGUAAUAUAAUUGUGAAUUCUGCCUUCUUUGCUGAUCAUGCAAGCAAGGUGACAAAGCCUUAUUAUUGUAGGAAACCUGAAUUAAUUUUAAUACAUUAGUCUUUGAAUUCGAAGUGUCUGCAAUUUUGUAGGGUAACAGAAUUCUUUUAACUGAUGUAACUAAAGACCUUGAGCACAUAAGCUAAAGAAGAGUCCAGUAUAUUGAAUUGCAAGGAGGGUAGAAACAGGAUCAAGACACAUCAUUUAUUGAAAUAUAUGGAGAAACUUUAAAACAUGAAAUAAUAUGUAAAAUUGAAAACCAAAGUAACAACUUGUUUUAACCAGGAAACCAAAUGCCCUAUAUUAUCCACUUAAUUACCAUAUUUCUCUAAUUAGGAAGAAUAUUUUCUCUUUUGGUAGAUACGACUCUAGAUCUGGGUGAAAGUUUAAAGAUCAUGAUCUUGCAGGUCCAGUUCAGCUGUAAAAUUCUACAACCUGGACUUCCUUACUGUAGUUGAUAAUCUAAAGACUAUCAGAAGGAAAGGGGGAGAACGACGGAGAGGCUGUGUUUUAGAGUUUGUAAAGCUGUGCACCAUUUACAAUGCUCAGAGCUCAAGGACCACUUCUCGUGCUGAGAGCUUUCCCUGCCUUUUCUUCAGUCUGGCCUUACUUCUUUCCUGAUGGUUUUUAAUUAAUUCAGGAAAAUGGCUGAUAAUGAGAUACAAUGUUUUCAUUAUAUUCAUCAUCAAAUAACUACAAGUUCAUACUCUGACAUCCUUAAUGUCGCUUAAUCCUCCAUGGAGCAUUAUUUUCACUGUUUAAGGUGGCUCAGUGGUAAAGAAUCCAUUUGCCAAUGCAAGAGAUGCAAGUUUGAUCCCUGGGUCGGGAAGAUCCCCCAGAGUAGGAAAUGGCAACUCAUUCCAGUCUUUCUUGUUGGGAAAUCCCAUGGACAGAGGAGCCUCGGUCCAUCGGUCACAGAGUCAGGCACGACUCAGCAACCAAACAACUCCUGAUUAAAAAUAACUGAAAAAUCACCAUAAGAUACCACAAUGAGAUAUAUCAAUUACUUUGAUAUGAUGGGAAUGGAUUUAUAAAAUAAUGGCAAUUGGCUUUUAGAAUUCCUAUUGCUUUUAUCUUUUAAGCCUAAAUAGCAGACAUCUUAACAAAAGUUGACUUUUAGAAGACAUUAAAGUCCCAAAUGAUGUUCAAGUAAAAUAACCUGUUAAUUCCCACUGAAGAGAUUAUUAUUGUCCUGAUUUGCAUGUUGUAGGAAACAGGAUUUUGAACUGAACUCCAAGGCUCCCACUCUGGUUGUGCACACACCUUCUCCCUGACAGGUGAAUACUAAUUAAUCUCUGUUCAGCUGCAAAGAGCUUGCUCAAGUAAUUAAGGUUUCAAAUCAGUUCACCUUAAGGUAGGGAGACUGCCUUUGUGUUCUUGAUUGAAUGAGGUGAGCUUGUAAAAGGGGUUGGACUGUUCCUGGCAAAAGCGAUUCAGCAUGUGAGAGGGAUUCCAGUGGAGGGAGAUUCUCUAUUGGUGAUUACAAAGUCGAGGACUGGGGAGCCCAGCAAGGAGACGGGGACCUCUGUUGUACAAGCACAAGGAACCCAGUUUAGCAAAUAACCUGAGUGAAUUUGCAAGCAGGUUUUCCCUCAGACCCCAAGUAAGCAUGCAGGCAAGACCCCUAGCAUCUUGAUUUCUGCCUAGUGAGACUCAGCAGAGAUGGCUGCCAUGCUGUGCCAGGACUUCUAUAGAACUGUGAGUUAAUAAGCUUCUCUUGUUUUAAGCUAAAUUAGGCAUAAUUCAUUAUCCAGCAGUAGAAAACUAAUAUACUUGUUUUUUUGUUGUUGUGUUUGAUUUGCAAUCAUCUUUAUAUGAAGGAAAAAGAGGAAGGAUCUAAGUGGGAAUUUCAAGAGAAUAAAUAUAAAUCUCUACAUUCCCAUUAGCUUCUAUUAGUUUGUUUCCAGAAUAGUGGGGUGGGAAGGAAAGUGUAUGUCCAUUGUGUUAAUUAUAUAGCAUUUUCCAUUGUAUGGCUAGCUUUUUGUAUUUUUCACUGCAGAAAAUAGUCAACUUAGAGCAUACCUGUCAUAUAUGAGGCUUCAUUUCUUGAUAUAAUUGUUGGUUUCACAGUAUAUUUCACUACUCAACUGUAAAAGUCCCUUGGCUUCAGAUUUGUUCAUUGUUUUCGGAGCUGUUUUCUUGUUAAAUUGUUCCUCCCACUUGAGACAGUAAAUGGAAGAAAUGAAAAGUAAUGUGUCUCAGAACCUAUGGUUAAUACACAAAUACUUAUUCUUAAUGUAUUUUGGAUACAUGCGGCUUUGAAUUGGGCUUCUGGAAAAUGCAUAUUGUGCUUUCACAAAAUAGCCUGUUUGGCAGCCCUAACUAAAAAUGUGGAAUGCUUUGUAAGUGUUGGAAAUGUGGGGAUUUUUCCAAGAAAUUAAGACCUUGGAAAGAAUACAGAAACAUACAAAGAAGGCAGGUGUAAACUGUUAGCUGUUACUCAAAUGUUAGCAUCUUUUUGGUUAUAUCGUUUAUAUACAGUAAGUGGUUUUUUGCUUUUGGGGAAUUUGGCAAAACUUAAAUAUUCUUUGUCCUAUGAGGUCCAUAAUGGAUUUCAACAAUUCAUUCCUGCAGAUAGACAACAUGGUUUAGAUGUAACAUUCUCUGUGUGUGUCUAUCAUAUCUUUCUUUCCAUAUUAAAAAAGGUUGGACAUGUUGGCAGGAGAGAGAAGAAUGGAGGAUUUCCUUUAAAUAUUGGAGAACACAUUUAAAGCAUAAAGGCAUAAACACAUGUAUUUGUGUAUUUACGUAAUAGUAUGUUGUAUAAUGGAAGCUUUGAAAUGGCAGACCCAGCUUCAUUCUUAAUAGCUUUAACACUUGGGGCAAGUGUCUUAUGUGUAUGAUGAAAAGAUUGAAUGGAACUACACCAUGGGUAAGGGUCUUCAUUCUAUACUUCAGAUUUUAAAGUGAAUCACAUUUAACAUUUGAGCGUCCAUCAUACUAGGAAAUGUGCCAGGUAUCUAUGUCUUCAAUAUCUGUUAACUCAGUCCUCGUUAACAACCCAAUGAUGUAAUUGAAGAACUAACUAAAUAAGUAACUUGCCCAAGGUCAUCCAAUUUGUUUAGAAGUGAGAAGGCUGAGACUUUAAAAUGCAGAUUUUAGCCUGGAAUUUAGAAACUGAUGCAAGUGUCAUAACUACUACGCUGUAUUCCCUCUUGCUGUCUUGAGAGCCAGGUAUCAUGCUAGGGAAGCCUCUCUGAGCAAGUCAUGGUGGUGCAGAAAGCACAGGUGCCAAAUGGGAAUUCUUUACUCCCAAGUUGUUGAUGUUGUUUUAAUAUAUAUAGGCAACUUUAUCUAUGCUCUUUGCUAUGAAUAGUUUUUGUUGAAGACUAAAUAUUUUAAAAUAUUUACUUCUUUAGAGAGUUCAUUGAGAAAGAGAGUUCCGUUAUAUGCCAGCCAUCUUGCUCUCUUUAAUCUUCCUUUAAAUAUUAACUAAAUUGAUUUAGCUGUGCAUUCAAAAAAGUAAUUUCUUAGAAAUUUUGUCAACUCAUCCAACCUCUGUAUUCAGAUUUUCCAGAGAUAAAUAGAAGCUUAAUAAUCUGUGGUGAAUAUUACUUUGACAUACUAUUUUCUGCAUAUUUUACUUACAAAAUGACUGUACUUAGCUAAAACUAAAUCUGCCUCAUAAAUACCUGAGUAUUUUAGUUAGCUUUGACAAAAAAGUCUAGGGCCAAAAUUAGCAUAAAAACUUUUGAGGAAUGGGAAUGCAUAUAUACUGUCACCCUUAUUUUCUUUGUAUAUUGACCAAUCUCAGAUGUUCUGAAUAAAUCUAAUUAAAUCAUUUGCUAUAAUAACUGUAAACUUGAAUUUUCAAGCUAAAAUUAGUGUCAGGCUUGGGAUUUGAUUGUGUACUUCUUAAAAGCUAGUAAAUAAGAGUGCUCCUAUUUCAUUUAUGCUGGCAGAAGACACGGCAUUCCUGGCUCAGAGACAGAGCAGUGUGAUCAGUAGCAUCCUUGCUUUGGUUCUCUUUGCACAUAAGUCCCCUGAGGUGAUGCAGGAGGUGCCAGAUGAAUUCCAUGCACUCAGGGGAUUUACGCUGAACUUUUAUAGCAGACAGUAAGCAAGCCUGCUUUUUGUCCAAAAAGAGCUGUUAAACUUCAUUACUCGAGGUCACUGGCUGCACAAACAAGGCUGAGAAGUGGUCUGGGUGCCUUGAAGCUGUGGCAUGACCAGCCAGACCCGGAGGAGUACAAGCACUCCAAAGAGGGCGUACCUCCCAGCAGACAGUGUGAUGGACUUAAUGGAGAGGGUGGUGGGAUAGGACUCUGGUCCUUGUCUUUGCUCUCUGUGGCAGCCUUCCACAAGCCUUUCUGAGACAACUCUAGGUUCUCAUGUAUAGAAAUGAAGUUGGAUGAGAUAACCAAAAACACCUACCCUUUCAUCUAGAUACUAUUGUUAUACUUUCUUGGAAACUUUCAUCUAAAGGAAGACUGACCAGGUUGCCUAAGGCUAAAAAAGGAGCCUCAGAAGUUUUACAAAUACAAGCCACAGAAACACAGUAUGGUUGAUUGCCCUCAAGUGUUAAAUGGAUUCUUAGGAGAGAAGAUGAAUCAUUGUAUUGGUUCAGUCAAGGAUGCCCUUUACAAUUUUAAAGGACACAUCUUAGAAAAUGCAAACGCAAUUAUAAAGGUAUGACCAAUAAAUGUUAACCUCGUUUUCUUUUUCUCUGACAAACAUAAAAGAGAAAUCCAGUGAUUGUGAUGAGGCAUAAAGGCAUUCAUUUAAAAAAAAAAUUAUCAUCUUUAUGGGAUGUCUGGACCAGCUUAGAGACUUUAGAUUGAAUGCAUUGGUUGAGAAUUUUUUUUUUAAAGAACAAAUGAACGAGAGCUUGUCGCUCAGUUUUGUGAAACACUUCAUAGAUUUCUAUUUUAGAUAUUGGAGUAGAUUCUGUGAAUUCACAAAUUUUGAUGAAGAGUAUUAAGAUCAGUUUGGAUGGUUGAAACUUCUCAAAAAUAGGUUAAGCAUCUACUCUUGACCCCUUGAAAAAUUCUGCUCUAUUGGAAGAACUCCUAAAUUUGUAAGUGAUUGUUGGGAUGAUGUUAAAUGAUUUGAAUCCACCUUAACUUGCAAAAUAGUUCUGGAAAAAUUAAUCAUGGAAUCACUAUUAAAAUGUAAAUUGUACACAAAACUCUACAAUUGAGUUUUUGGCUACUUGGAAUGUGGAAAGAUGUUCCGGUGCAUAGGGUUUGUUUAUAUUAACAUCCUCUGGCGAAAGCUUUUCUGUCAUUUAUUGACCAGCCAAAUAGGUUUUGAAGUAUUUUAACACAUAAGAAAUAGAAUGCAAGCAAACCAUGGCCACCAAGAGUUUUCUGGAGUGAGUACAUAUGGGUUUAUUUUAUUUGUUCUUUCGGUACAGUUUUAUUGAAUACCUACCCUGUGAAAGCCUCCCUGUGGGGGAAUGUCCUGAGAAGAGAGAGCUGUUGUUCUGAAGGAAUGCAGUCUAGUGAGAGACUAAACAGGCCACACAGGGUGGUUAGUACAAAGAUGAAGUCCUGAACACAAUUAGGGAAUGCUGGAAGACUAAUUCUUCCCAGAUGGGCUAAGUCUUUUUAAGUCCAGAGCCUUGAGCCUUUUUAUUUUCAUUCUUUGUGGUACAAUUUGUUGCUUUGGCUUUGGGUUGGUUGGUUUGGUUUAAUAGAUAUAAUUGUUGCUGAGUCACCAAGUCGUGUCCGACUCUUUGCAACCCCAUGGACUGUAGCCUGCCAGGCCCCUCUGUCCAUGGGAUUUCCCAGGCAAGAAUACUGGAGUGGGUUACCAUGUCCUUCUCCAGGGGGUCUUCCUGGACUAGGGAUCAAACCCGUGUCUCCUGCAUUGGCUCUUUACCACUGAGCCACCAGGGAAGUCCAAUAGAUAUAAUUGCAUUGUAGUAUGUCAUGAUAUAUACUACGGUUUGGUUUAAUUGUAACAUUUUCUGGCCUUUAACAAGUUAGGGCAUUUUACUCCAAGCUUCAUUGUCUCUUGAAGGAGCUUAGUCUAGUUGCCUAAAAAGAGCUGCCCAACUUGCAGUGGGCAUGCCCAGCACCUGUGAAGGGCAUAGGUACAAAAUGGGUGGGAAUAGCAGCUUGAAAAGUGAAGUAACAGUCACGCAGUCAUGUCCAACUCUUUGGGACUCCAUGGACUAUACAGUCAUGGAAUUCUCCAGGCCAGCAUACUGGAGUGGGUAGCCUUUCCCUUUUCUGAGGGGGGGGGGGCGUCUAUCCCAACAUCAGGGAUCGAACCCAGGUCUCCUGCAUUGCGGGUGGAUUCUUUACCAAUUGAGCUACCAGGGAAGCCCCAUAAAAGCCACGUAGUUGGCUAGAUGCUGUGACUUAACUAAUACCCAUACCCUUGUCAGGUUAUUCCUAUUAUCCUUACACUGACAGGUUAAGAAUCUGCAACUGGGAGGUAGAAUGAAUGAACCCUGUUUUAAUGGGCUCUCCCACUAACUCUGUGGCUCUGAAUAUUCCUAAAUACCAGCCAUGGGGAAGGACAGCUCACAAUACACCAGCACAACUGAGUAGGCCAAUGACUUAUUUUAUGUGUUGAUUAAAGACAGCUCUGCUGGGGUGUUGCUAGUUGUGCCAGGUGACCUAGAGUCAGUGCAGUAGGCAUUUCGUAACCCAGAGUGCUCAGACCUGAUUGCCCAUGGGAUGAGGCAGGCAAUACAAGUAAAUGAAAUGGGACAGGUAGGCCUGGUACAUGUGCAACCAAGUUUGAGAACCAAGUGCUCUAAGACUUUGCUGCUCAGUGAGCCCCUCAAAUCAUCACCAUCAUACGUAUGGGAAAUAGAGGCUUUCAAGUCUCAUGCUGGUACUACCAGAACAUAAUCUGUGAUUUACCAGAAUUCCCAGGUGGUUCUAUGCAGGCUAAAGUUAGAGGAGCAUUGCCUCAUAGUCAGAUGACAGGUUGAACUUCACUCUAAAGCCUUAAGGACAGGGGUUCUUAAAUCACAGCUCCACAUUAAAAUCAUCAGGGAGUUUAAAAAGAUGCUGAUAUUCAGGCCUGUCAUUGGAAAUUCUGAUUUAACUGAUCUCUGAUUAAAAUCCUAGAAUCAGUAUUUUAAAAAAAUUGUCCCAAAGUGAAUCUAAUAUGCUGCCAGACUGGGGUGAAAAUAACUCCUGUCAUUCAGUUUGUUUUUAAUUUUGAAAUUCUAGGAAACUGUCUUCACCCAAUACAUCUUUCUUGUAUGGAGUCAUCUGAUGGUAAUAUUGAAGAAGGAAGUGGGAUAAUUUUGCCUGCUUCCAAAAGUGUUAGCUAUUAUAACUAGGUCUGAUUCUGAUUAUUGAUAUUAAGCUGCCACUCUUGGUAAAGAAUCCACCUGCAAUGCAGGAGACUCAAGAGAUGUGGGUUUGAUCUCUGGGUUGGAAGAUUCUCUAGAAGAGGAAAUAACAACUCACUCCAGUAUUCUUAGGCUGGGAAAUCCCACGGACAGAGGAGCUUGGUGAACUAUAGUCCGUGGGGUCAUGCAGAAUUGGCCAUGAUUGAGCAUCUGAACAUGCAUGAAUGCUUGAAGAUGGACUUAAGAAUUAGUCUGCCCUAGUUGGUAAACAGGCAGCUCUUCACUUUGGUUAUCAGUCUACACAGCAAAGUCAUCUGGGGACCUUGCAUCUACAUUUACUGUACUUUCACAGAGCUCAGAAUUCUGAUGGGGAAGGGUAUGUGUUUUUAGUCAGAGGCCCACAGUAAGCAACUGGAAUGGAUCAACCAACCAGGUGUCUUACCUGUUAGGACUUAGAGGUCACCUGGAAUAAAUCAAAUUUUGUCACUUAGUCCUGUGAACUCCAGUUUUUUUAGUGUCUAAAAAAAAUUUUUUUUUUUUUUUUUUACUUAUGAGAACCUUAUAUAAUGUUUAUAAAGUACUUAGUACAGUCUCAACUCUGAAUAGUCUAAUCUGAAAGUCUAAUCUGAACCUUCUGAAAGUCUGAUCUGACAGGACAGGUCUGAUGAAAGAUACCCACCUCAAGUGGUGUAUAAUAUCAAAGACCUUGUCUCCAAUUUCUAUUACUUGUACUCAAAUUAUGGUGUUUCCACCCCUCACCCCCCUUAAUGAACUAGUUGCAUGCCUUCCAGUCAAAAAAUAGAAAAGUAGCUACCUUUUCUUAUGCAGAUGACAAGGCUUAUCACAAAGAACCAGAAGUACUCCAAUAAGCCAAAUGAUGUUCUGUGAAAAUUAAGGGUUUUUUUGUUUUGUUUUGUUUUUUUUACCUCCCUGGGAAAAGUAGGCAAUUGAAUUGAGCAGUUCAGUUUAUUUGGCCUUGUGGGGCAGGCUGGCUGGCAAAUUCAGGUGGGUGGUCCUACAAUCACCUGUACUUUAAGAUCCACACUAAGGUUCUGUCAGCAGCAACAGGUCACACCUGUUACUCAAGUUUAACUGGCUAGUUUGUUAUGUGCUAAGUGGUUUUCAAUCUUUCUAGCACAAUGCAAGUAAAAACUAACAUUUCUGAAGUACUUCAGGGUAAACCAAUAAAAUCAGUCCAGGAGAGGCAACAGACUGAAAUGCUUGACUGCUCGGAGGGCUGAAAACAUCUAUGCCUCAGGGCAUGCACUCUUAGAGCCUCGUCAGCGAACACCUGCAUUGGAAGCUGUAUGGCGCCCCCUUGGGGUACGAUGUGGGAAUAAGGCUCCUAACACGGCUUUGUCCAGAGCUGCUCAUCUCUUCGUUUAUUAAUCUUCCAUGUAAGUCUUCAUUUACAGAAAAGUGAAGCUCCUGCUCUUGUGGGGCUUAAAUUAUGAUGGUAUCCCAGCUUUCAUUUUAUAAAAAUGGAUCAUGUUAUCUAGAUACCAUUUGAAGAAAAUGGUAAUUGCUCAAGUGAAAGGAGAUCCAGCAUUUUCAGCAUUCCUUUUGGAAUCUGUUUUAAUAACAGGUUUCUAUUUUCCCCCUGGCUCUCUGUUCUGUUCUUGUUUGUGGAAAGGCAUGUAUUUUUUAUGUGAUUAUUAUAAACCUAGAUGGUGAAAUACACUGAGAAAUAGUGAAUGCUUAAUUAGAAAUUAAAGAAGUUUUCAGUACAUGCAACCUUAGAAAUGAACUCAUCCAAUUUCCUUUAGGGAUGAGAUACUGAAAUGCAGACUCAUCUCCUCCCCAGUGAUCUGUUCAGUGGGCUUUCAUGUCUUCCUAACAAGGCCAGAUCAAGGCUGUUGAUUUUCCCUCCGAGUUUUGAGGGGAUGUUGUUUAUUUGGUAACCAAAGCUCAAAGACCUGGUGGACUCACAUACAGAUAAGCUGAUCGGAGGUAUGAAAAAUGAGGGCUCAUUACAGUUUUAGCAAAAUGCAAAUUUGUAAAUCAGAAAACCAUUUUUAAUUGGUGUGCCUACUCUGUUUAGCAAUAAGAAGUGUAAAGUAUUUGAUACAAAUUCCUGAGAGGAUUUUACACUACUUAUCUGUAUUCUGUAUAAAUGCAUAAUUGGAAUAUUUGGAUUCUGUGCUUCCCUCUGCCCUGUGGAAACUGAGGCUAGGCUGAGGCAGUCAUGGGGAGGGGGUGUGGGGAGAGGACAUGAGUGACUUCAGAGCUCUGCUGAGAGUUUUGCGGACCAAAUUGUUGGUAUUUGGUGGUUCUUUCUCAUCUUUUUACUUCCCUUUAUUAUAAAUAGUCAAAAGUCUGACUAAAAUAGGGCUAGCAGAGCUCAUUUUUCUUUCUCCUGUUUGUGUUCUGUCUCUAGCCAUCCUCCUCUCUGCAGAUUUAACUUUUCAACAUUGAUUUGUAUGAAUGUGUAUGUUCUACAUGGCAGAAGGAUUCUGAAUUAUCAAAGAGAUAAUUUGAAAUUACCGUACCUUAAGACUCUUGUCUAUUCAUGAGGGAAUUUCUAAUUCAUCUAAGAAUUCAAAAGUGAGACUUAUCCAUAAUUCCUGCUAGUUUAAGUUUAGCCAUUCAGAAAUGCUCCUUUAUAAAAAGAUUGAAUUAGAUACCACAUCAGUUUAGGGAAUGCUAGGAAACAGUAAAUUUAAUCAGAUAAAAACUUUGGGCAAAGGCAUGAUACAGUGGUGCAUUUCUUCCCAGUGUUUUCUAGUGAUUUCUUUGAGCUCAGAUUAUUAAAAACCAACUUUAUAUGAAAUUUAGGAGUAAUAUUCUGAGACAAUUGUGCAAAUUUUAUAACAAAUUAUUCACUUAUAUGCAUUAUUUCACCAAAAUAUUAAUAUUAAAACCAAACUGAAUUUUCAGGAUUCUGAAUUGGACCUUUUUCUAGGUCAUUUUCAAAGCAACACAGAGAUAAUUCUUUUGUACUUUAAAAAGAAAACUGAACUGAAUUCAGUUGCAUUCUCAUGAUAGCCAAUUUUACUGUCAUUCCUAAAACAAGGACAGACCAGGGUAGCUGCUAAUUUCAGGGAAAUGUAAGGUUAUACUUAUAACCUCUAAUUACACUGUUUGUGAUCUCUCAAGGAAACAUACUUGGAAGUUAAAAGACAAAGUAGUGUGGGCUUACAUGGAAAGGUCAUCCAUUGUGUCAAAGUCAGAGGCUGAGAAUAUCCAUCAAUAAGGGAAAUUCGAAAAAAAUGCCCACUAAGGCCAGAGGAUGAAUGACUAUUUUCGAAGCUUACCUCAUUCAAUCUUAAGGAAGAGAGAAUGAUGAUAAGAUUAUUUAAGGACCACAUUGUUAAAAGUAUUCCAAAUAUGCAUGCUUAUCACUUGUGCUUCUCAUAAUUUAGAAGUUACAGCAUAACUUUAUUCAUUUAUUCAAGUUUGAUAUCAUAAGUCAGGUCACAUUUUCCAAACUAAAGACCACUUCACCAAAUUGAAUUCUAAUGACCCUCUGUACCUAAUGAGCAGAUAGGCAUGUUUGAUUAAGCUUAUCUCAGCAUUGAUAAAAAUCAUAAAAUACCAAAAAAUGUGACCACAAAAUAAGUGAAAUCUUAUGUUGGACAGAACUCUGUAGUAUUAAAAAGCAAACAUCAGCUUGGGAAAAUUCUGCAACAUAUACUUGAAAAGAACUUAUACUUUUUAAUGUAAAGACUUGUUAGCAGUUGUUUAAACUGGCAGCUCUUUCUUUAAUAUUAGGAAUAUGGGCAAAUAGGAAAUUGCCAGGUGUUUACCAAAAAAGAAUGCAAAUUAUCACAGCAUGAAAAAUCACCAUAAAAAAGUAAGUGAAAAUAGGAAGUAAUUUUUGUGCACAGUACUUGGAAAAGCAAGCACACACACAGACAAUCUGGUACAGCUUGGUAUAUAAUCAGCAAAAAUUAUAUACAAUUACAUACAAAUUACAUAAUUACAUACAAAAGUUACAUACAGUUACAUUUUCAGAGGGUAGAUGGUAAAUUUAAAAAUAUAUGUAUAGACAUAUUCUUUAAAUUCUAGUAAGUUCUAGGGAGUGAAACAGUAAGGGAUACAUAAAUAAAUGGGUAUUUGUUGCUUAUGGGAAAAGAGACUUAGAUGGAUAUUUGUGAAAAUAUCAAUAGUUACCAUUUUCUUUUCAACCAUAUUAAAUACCAAAUAGCCAAUUUGAGUGCCAGAACCUACUCAAAGAACUGUAUAUAUAUAGCAAAGACUGAAGCAAAAUUUCCUGCUUCUAGAGCUUACAUUCUAGUUGAGGCUAUUUAAUAUAUUUAGUUUUUAUAGUUAGUUUUUUAGUUUUAUAGUUUUUACAAAAUAUAUUUUGUUUAUAUACUUCUCCAGGCUUCUCCAGUGAAUGUACUUUAUCAGAAAUAUAGGUUACCUAAUUUAUUCUAGUUAAAAAGGUGAACGUUUGUUCUUUUUAAGUAUCUUAGUAGGUUCAUAUACUUUGACUAGUUUUCUGCUGUCUUAAGUGUUUUGAGAUGUUGUAUAUUGAAUUGGGCCACAGAGGCCUUAGCUGAAUAUAAGACUGUAUGAAUAUAUAUUAACUUUAUUACCAACCAUCAUUGUCAAGCUUAUACUAGACUUUCUAGACAUCAUUUUCCCGAACUUCUUCUGACAAUGAAGAGUUUUGAGAAUUUCAAGAAUGAGAAAACAAAUGAAGAAGCUAUGGAGAUGUUUUUUUCACCACUGAUGCCCCUGGAUCAUUGCAUAGUCCCGAGUUGUAUCUAACCUUGUUGCCAUUUUCAGUAUACCCUAUAUCUUAGCUAUAGUGGGGAGGAAGAAAUGGGAUUAUCCAGGAACAGGUGAUCCUUCCUAAGUAUCUUUUAAAACUGAGUGGUAGCUCUUAAUCUCUUUGUACAUCAGAAUGACCUGGGGAGCUUAAUGUAAAUCAUAUUUUCAGACCCCUGACCAAGGAAUUGUGAUCUGGUAAGUCUGGGAUGGGGCCAGGCCUUCGUUUUUUGUUUUUUGUUUUUUUUAUCAAGUUGUCUCCAGUGGUUCUGAUGGCAGUAGCCACAUACAGGGAAACACAGAGUAAGUGCCAGGGAGCUUGAAGCUUAUGUCCCAGUAAGGCUAUUGAAUUGUCUCCAAAGAAACUUUGCCUCUUAGCCUAACUCUCUGCUAUCCCAUUACUGUAGUAGAAGUAGCAGUAGAAGGCAUUCUAAGUCUUCUGCACAAUUUUAUGCUGGACAUUUCUUGAAGGUCUACCUGCAGGGGGUUGUUUCUGUUUUUUCCCGAAUCUAAUUCAGACUGAAUCGAAAUGGCAAGGUCACCUUCAGCAUCGACAGUUGUGUUCUUUGCAGGACUUCCUAGUUACGUCUUUGUCAAAUCAAACUUGAGCUCUCCAUGCUCAAGGGGAAACAUCUUCCAGACUUAGUAGGCUUCCAAAUACCUUUGUUUGACAAAUACUAACCUGAGGGACCAUUAUAUUAUUUCUCUAAAAAUGUCUUUCAAUUGGAAGUAUUACUGCAAAAGAGAAUUUUUGGCUUUUCAGUAACAGGGAAAAUUUUCUUUGUAUUCUGCAUCAAGAAGAAUACACAAAAAUUAAAAUUUCUCAGUGUGGAAAGAUUCCUAAAUAUAUAUAUGCAAAUGAUCUUUAGUUGACAAUUUAAAAUAUGUAUCUAAAAUCUCCUUAAGUGGUGACACUUAAAGCAUGAAAGUGAAAAAGUGAAAGUGGCUCAGUCGUGUCCAACUCUUUGCGACCCUAUGGACUAUACAGUCCAUGGAAUUCUCCAGGCCAGGAUACUAGAGUGGGUAGCCUUUCCCUUCUCCAGGGGAUCUUCACAACCCAGGGAUGGAACCCAGGUCUCCCACAUUGCAGGCGGAUUUUUUACCAGCUGAACCUAAAGGGAAGCCCAAGAAUACUGGAGUGGGUAGCCUAUCUCUUUUCCAGCGGAUCUUCCCGACCCAGAAUCGGACCACACAGUCAUGACCUGACUUGGGAUUAAAUUGUGAAGUAGACUCAAAUUGUGAGUGGUCCCUCACCUCUGCUCCCUGACUCCUCUGUUUAGGGACUUGUCAUAUUUACUGUCCUCUGGUACUAGGGCCACCAAGUGCUCGGUGAUAUGCUCUCAAAUUUACCUUUCUUAGCUGCUGACAUUAAGUUCUCAGAUAGAAGUAGAUGUUCUACUUCCUCCUGGGAGGUUAGCACAGAACUUUUCAUCCACUAAAUGCAAUUCAGGAAGGAUGUUAAAUAUUAGCAGGAGUUCAUCUGUCAGGGCGUAAGAAGUUUGCCCAGAAAUCAGAAUCCUGAUAGUUUUCUUUUGCCCUGUGAAAGCACCUUGACCUUAGAUGUUACUUAUUAGUAUUUUGUUAAUCUGUUAGUUAUAAAAAUACCAUCCUAAUCAUAGAUGCUAAAAUGUGUCUCUGAGUAAAUGUUUGUGCUGUUUUCCCUUAAGAGUUUCUUAAAGCAAAUUAAACAGAUGAAUAUGAAUUUAUAAAUUGAUGAGUAAAUAAUAUGUGUGCAUAUAUUUAUGUGUGUGUGUAUAUAUAUAUAUAUAUAUAUAUAUAUAUAUAUAUAUAUAUAUAUAUAUCUCCCCAUAUUUCCUGUAAUUUGCUAUAAAAAUAGAGGUUACAUCCAAGUAGUGGGUUUUGCAUGGACUGUUUAAAUUAUUGUGCCAAAUUGUGUUUAUUGUCUGUGUCAUGGAGACACAGGACAGUGGAGACAUACGUUAUCAUGUUGAAAAAAUGUGCUGGGGUCAAAAAGCAAGAAAACAUCUGUACUCGCUAAUGAAACACUAGAGAUUGGUUUUGUAAACUCAUCACAGAUUGAUGUACUUUGUAUUUCUUAUUCCUCAAAGAGUUUUGUUUGUUUUAUUAUGAAGUUUUAUUGAUGAAAGAGCAUUUUAAAUAUGUUUUUAAUUCAGAGCUUAGCAGGUUGCUUGGCCCACUGGAUUAAAUUCUGCCUUUGGCAGGCUAUGUGAGACUAAGACACUCAUUUCACUCAGCCUCACACAUUUAUCAAAUAAGUUUACCCAGCUUGCAGUUGUUCAACAUAAGAUUCCAUCGUUGAUAGAAAAGUUACAUUGUUGAAUGUAGCUCCCUCUUUUAUAGAUGAUGAAUCUGAGGCCCAGAUGGGUAGAUGAUUUGCCUUAAAUGGGAUCAAAACUAUGUCACUGAUUCUCAUCCCAGAUCUUAACUGUAUGCUUUAACUAUAGCCCUUGCAUUUUUACAGAGUGUAACACAUGUCUAAUUGUUCUAAGCUCACAUUUUAUCCCCUCAAUAACUGUGCAUGAAUUGAAUUUAAUAAUAUCCUCCUUGACAGAUGUGAAAACUAAGGGUUUGAGAAGUUAAUUGAAUUAGCUAAGGACAUAAGUUUUGUUUGAGUAGAAACACUUUCCUUUUUACUCUUGAUGUUUUUCUCUUGUUGAAUGGCAAUGUUCCUGAGUCUCUAACCUGAACUGCUGUAAAGAUUGCCUUUAUUGGAAAUGUUCAUCCUUUAAAAAUAAAGUGAACUUCCGUCUUGUCCUGAAA